UCUCUUUGAAAGCUUUUUCUAGAGAGUCUCUCACAGUUCUCUCUCUCUCUCUCUCUCCCUCUCUCUGUGAUUCUUUGUUUCUCUCUCUAGGUUUGAGUGAGGUUUGAACAUAGAUGAUAAUGGAUCCUCGGCUUCAUGGAUUUUCGGGUUCCAUGAAUGGAAUCCCAUUGGGAAAUCAAUCUGUUGCUUUUUCAUCGGAUCAAAUCCAAGUUGGUGAAUCCAGAUUUCGUAGGAACACCUUUGUAAAUCACAAAUUUGGAGGAAUCCCAGUCCAACCAAACGAUCCCUCAUCAUCGAGUAAUGUAAUUCCGAGUUCCACUGUGACUUUGGAGGAGGAUCCCGUUGAGGACUGUGAUUUCUCCGAUGCGGUUUUGACAUAUAUUAGUCAGAUUCUCAUGGAAGAAGAUAUGGAAGACAAAAGUUGUAUGCUUCAAGAAUCUUUGGAUCUUCAAGCUGCUGAGAAGCCAUUCUAUGAUGUCCUUGGCAAGAAGUACCCACCUUCCCCUGAACAAAACCCAAUUUAUGUUGACCAAAAUAGUGAGAGCCCAGAUGAUUGUUUGUCUAGGAAUCACAGUAAUUGUCUCAGCAGUAGCAGUAAUAGUAGUGAUUACUUGGUUUAUCCAAGUUGGAUUAACAAUCAAGCUGACUAUAGCACCUCUCAGAUUAGAAGUCCUCCAGUGUAUGAUAAUAAUCCAUCUCAUUCAUCAGUUACUUCAUCAAAUAGUGUGAACAAAAAUAUUGAUGGGUUCAUGGAUUCUCCAAUAAGCCCUCUUCAGGUCACUGAUUUAUAUAGUGGGAACCAAUCUAUUUGGCAGUUCAGGAAGGGAGUUGAAGAAGCGCGAAAGUUCUUGCCAACAAGUAAUGGAAUGUUCAUUAAUUUUGGGGUCAAUGGACUUUCACCUCAGGAACCAAAGGGAGAGACUAGUGAAGUGGUUAAGGUGGAGGAAAAAAAGGAGAAAGAGUACUUGCCUAAUGAGUCGAGGGGGAGGAAGAAUCCUCAUAGGGAGAAGGUAGAUUUAGAAGAAGAAGAAGAGAGGAGUACUAAGCAACCAGCAGUUUAUCCAGAAUCCACUUUGCGGUCUGAGAUGUUUGAUACAGUCUUGCUUUGUAGCAUGGGGAAAGGUGAGGCUGCCUUGAUAGCUUAUCGUAAAGCCUUGAAAGAUGGGACAAGCAAAAAAACGCAGCAGAAUGGGCAAUUGAAAGGGCCUCCUAGCAGAAAGGGUCGUGGUAAGAAACAAAACCGGAAAAAGGAAGUGGUAGACUUGAGAACUCUCUUGAUUCAUUGUGCACAAGCUGUUGCUGCUGAUGAUCGUAGGAGUUCAAAUGAGUUGCUAAAACAAAUCAGACAACAUUCUUCUCCUUGGGGGGAUGGGAAUCAAAGAUUGGCUCAUUGCUUUGCCAAUGGCCUCGAGGCACGCUUGGCUGGCACUGGUAGCCAGAUUUAUAAAGCCUUUGUCAGUAGAAGAACAUCCGCUGCUGAUUACUUGAAAGCUUACCACCUGUAUCUUGCGUCAUGCCCAUUCAGGAAGAUUUCAAAUUUUGUCUCAAACAGGACGAUUACGGUGAAGUCAAAGAGUGCAAUGAGGCUACACAUUAUAGAUUUUGGUAUUCUCUAUGGUUUCCAGUGGCCCACCUUUAUUCAACGAAUUGCGGCAAGAGAUGGUGGACCACCAAAGAUUCGGAUUACUGGGAUAGAAUUUCCUCAACCUGGCUUCAGGCCGGCAGCAGGAGUUGAGGAGACAGGACGUCGUUUGGCGGAUUAUGCUCAAACUUUUAAUGUCCCAUUUGAGUACAAUGCCAUCGCAAAGAGAUGGGAUAGCAUCAAACUUGAGGAUCUGAAGAUCGACAGAGAUGAGUUCCUUGUUGUCAAUUGUUUGUAUAGGUCUAAAAACUUACACGAUGAGACUGUGCUAGUGGACAGUUCUAGAAAUAUCGUUAUCAAUCUGAUAAGAAGGAUCAAUCCUGAUCUUUUUAUCCACGGGAUUGUCAAUGGGGCAUUUAGUGCCCCCUUCUUUGUUACCCGGUUUAGGGAGGCUCUGUUCCACUUCUCUGCACUGUUUGAUAUGCUUGAAACUAAUGUUCCUCGUGAGCAUCAUGAGAGGAUGCUUAUUGAGAGGGAGAUUUUUGGGAAGGAAGCUCUGAAUGUAAUAGCUUGUGAGGGUUGGGAGAGAGUUGAGAGGCCCGAGACAUAUAAGCAAUGGCAAGUACGUAAUUUGAGGGCAGGCUUUAUGCAGAUCCCUUUUGACCGGGAUAUCAUGAAAAGGGCAAUAGAAAAGGUGAGGAAUCACUACCACAAGGAUUUUGUGAUCGAUGAAGACAACCAAUGGUUGCUGCAGGGAUGGAAGGGGCGAACAAUUUAUGCCCUUUCGUGUUGGAAACCUAUUAGCGAAACUUGAAAGGCAUUCCAGGACUACUCAAAUAUUUGCAGCCAUACUUGACUAACCAAAAGUGAAUGCUAGCUGAUUUUGAAGGUUUGCUGGUUGUCAAUCGUGCCAAAGAGAA